GGUCGAGUUAUUUAUCAGUCGCAUACAGGAAGGGAACUUAAGAGAGCUAACUCCAGAAGGCCAGGAUCGUCGGAUCGUGUAUUUUAUUGAUUUAAAAAUAUAAGAGAUUUAGGGGUUUUCCGUUCGAAAUUAUGGAAAUAUCAAAUUCGAAUUAUGUUUCUGCUUUGAAAGCGACAAGUCUAGAUCAAGCGAUGCUGACAGAGACAAGCCGGAAGCUGAGCCAAGCUGGCUGCGAAAAGGUGCUGAUGGUCCUGGGAAGGGAUAAAUACGAUCCUGAAACUGAGUGCAAAGGUUGUUUGAAUUUCAACGGGAUUUUCUCGCCCAGCCCCAAAAUUGCUGUCUGGAGCACGAUCGACGAAGCUGCGAAACAGAAGAAGAAAAAAAAGGCGGCAGCGCCGACCAAAAAAUCCAUAAGCCAAUCAGGUUACCUUCUUUUUCUAAUUCUUGGCAGUUUUCUCACAACUCUUGGUAUGGUGUCGUUAAUCUGGAAACCUUUCGACCUGAUAUUACGUGAGAGGUUGAGGAUGAUGAAAGGACUCCCGGCUUACGACUGGUGGCAGAACCCGCCGGACGAAGUCCUCCUGAGCGCUUACGUGUUCAACUACACCAACUCCGAGGAGUUCAUGAACGGCUCGGCGGACAAGUUGAUCGUACAAGAAAUCGGCCCUUACAUUUUCAGGGAAAAACUAUACCACAAUGACGUUGUUAAAAAUAACAACAACACACUCAGCUACACGGCGCUGAGAAAAGCGAUUUUCCUUCCGGAAUUGAAUAAGCUCAAUCCAAAGAUGGAUACAAUUAUUGUACCAAACCUAGUUCUAUUGGGCGCAUCUUCUUACAUAUCGGACGCGGCAUUCAUCACGAAGCUAGGCCUGAAGAUGAUAACCAACAGGGCCGGUUCGAAGCCGUUUUCGAAGGUAACGGUCGACGAGUACUUCUGGAACUUCACGGAUCCAGUUCUUCGUCUCGGGAUCUCUCUCUUUCCUUCUUUUAUGCCAACAGACAAUGUCGGAAUUCUAAAUCAGAUAUAUAAAAGCUUCGAGGACAGGGUCACUGUCAAAAUCGGCGUGGACAACGGGCCGAGGGAGUUUUUCAAAAUCGACAAGUACAACGGUGCCCCGGGGAUGCAAGUGUGGCCGAACGAGACGUGCGAUUCCGUCCAAGGUUCUUCAGAAGGGGUUUCGUACCACCAGGACAUCCGUAAAGAAGAUACCAUAUACUAUUUGAGAAAGACCAUAUGCAGAGCCGUCCCUUUGUAUUACACCGGGGAUGUCAUUGUCCGUGGAGUAAAGACUUAUAGGUUUGAGCUUCCUAACACGACUUUCGCCAGACCACCUGAAGGACAGGAAGAGUGCUACAGGGACAGUUCCUACCCGACUCUGCUUUCCGGUCUAAGUGACGUCUCACCUUGCUAUUACAAUUUUCCGAUUGCCUCUUCAUUCCCACACUUUAUGUAUGCAGACCCGAAGGUAACGGAGAAACUGGAAGGUCUUUCUCCCAACUGGGAGAAACAUGGUUCAGUCGCACUCAUCGAACCCAACACAGGUGUUCCAUUGACUGCAUGGGCUCGGAGUCAGAGCAGUUUGAUAAUGCACGACAUGAGCUAUUUCCCAAGUCUGAAAAGAUUCUCAAAUGUGGCUUUGCCAAUGUUCUGGUUGGAAUAUAAGCAGAUGGGUCUCCCGCCAAAGAUUUACUAUGUACUCUACUUCAUGGUUAAUGUUAUCAAGCCCUAUCAAGUCUUCUUCAGCGUGCUAAUGCUCAUCGUCGGAGCUUUCUUCUAUUUUAUCGGGCUCUCUCGCCUCUGGAGGCGAUGCCUGCUGGUUAACUCAAGAGCUUAUUCUACGAUUGAUAUCAAAAUAAAAAACUCUCCAGUAUAGUAAGAAGAAAUGUAUAUUUUUACUUGUAUAUAUUAUAGUACAGUGCUAUCUGUGAUUUUAUUAGUAACAUAAUUUUUUUACUUUAAUAAUAAACUGAUUGUUUUGUUUCAUAUCUAAACAGUGUGAUUUUAGUUUACUUAAAGUAAUUGUGUUGCUGAAAGUGCCAAAUUAUUUUUAUUAAUUAUUAAGUAACAACAUGAACAACUUUAGAUUGUAAUUUAACUAGUUUGUUUACAUUUUAGAAUACAAAAUCAAAUAUUUAUACAUACAUAAUAUAGAUUAUAUAUGUACAAAUAUACAUAUGUAAGCAGGUACCUGCUUGUUCAAAUAGUCAAUAGUUUGCUCAAAUAAAACCUCAUAGUUUAUGUAGUAUAAAAAUAGUGUUAUAUUUGCAAUGUAUUAGGUAGUUUAAAACACUUUAAACAUUGCUGAUUUUCAAUGACUGAUAGAAAGAUUGAGAAUAAUUUUUGAGAUAAUUUGACACUGUUCAAUGGUAAGAAUCUCUUGUAAAUGCCACGUUUGAAUUGUAUUUUAUUACCUUGUUAAAAUAAUUGGUGUAUUUUUACAGUCAUGUAUUUUUUUUUACAAGAAAUCAUAGAGUGUGUUCAGAGCGUAAAUGAAACAGUCAUUUGUAUUUUUGUUUAUAUUAUGUGUUAAGCAAAAAUUUAGUUAAUACACUAGUGAGCUGUUAUAUUGCCAAUCAAUUGCAAUAAUUGUUAUUUAUUAUGAAAAAAGUAUAAAGAUUGUCUUAAUAAAUAUUAUUUAUUUAAAAAUAUAUAAAAUUUAAAAGCCUUAUCAAUACAGAUAUCUUCUUUCUAGUAA